AGCAUGCAAACAACGUCCGACAGGCCGCGGAGGAAUAUCUAGCGAGAAGGCAAGCACGCAACAAAUCCAUGACGAAAUCGAUGACAUCCGGCUUGGCGGGCCCCAUACUGAGCAUGGGCAAUGUCCACUUUUUGCCAGCGGCCAAAAGUGGAACAUUUUUCGCCAGAGAUAAUGUCUCGAACUUCAUCGCCUGGUGCCGAAAAAGUCUGCAAAUAUUCGAAUGCUUGCUCUUCGAAACCGACGAUUUAAUUAUGCGAAAGAACGAGAAACAUGUGAUCCUAUGCUUGUUGGAGGUCGCUCGAAGAGGUGCUAAAUUUGGUAUGCUUGCUCCAAUGUUAGUCCAAAUGGAACGGCAAAUCGACAGAGAAAUUGCCGCCGACAAUAAAGCGAACGGCAUUGUUUGUGGGACACAAACCGAAGGAAAUUCGCAUUCCAUAUCAACGGGAACAGAGGAAGAUCUGUUCGAUUCCGACAGUGAGGACGAAGACGAUCCCAACGGGCCCAUGUUGAUGUACGGGCCGCAGCCUCAGAUUGUUACCAACGAUCUCAAAAGUUUGGACGAAAUGGUGAGUUGUUUUGAAAUUUGCUAGAUAGGUCGAUUAAAUAGGGGAGGGUGUCGCCAAAUGUUAAGGUGAGACGGUGAGCAAUCUGUAUCAAGUAACACUGUAGAUAUCUAAAGCUGAUUGUUCGUAGUUUCUUUAUCACCAUCACAAUAUAUUGAGGUUCUAGAAGUCGUCAUUGAUAUAAUCGUAAUAAUUGAAAAAUUGAAAGCCAUUUUCUUGUUCUUUGCUAAAAUAUUUGUCUUGAAAAUGUCUAUCUUUUCUCUUGAAAAUCUCAUUCACCUAGGGUAAGAAAUCAGAAUUUGAACUUGUCCAAUUGUAAUCUUGAUUUGAAUCAUUUUAAAUUUCAUUAAAAUGACAUAUUUAUUUGGGCAAAUACCGUCCCGAAAAAAGUGGUAAAUGACUUUCCGUAAUAGAACCUGGUAGCAUUGGCUUGAAAUAUACUGAAUAAAGCGCUUUCUUCAUUGAAAACAAACAAUUGAGAAAUCACUGUGAUUUCACUUGUUCCAUUGUAUGGUGUGUAAGUGUUGUUUUGUUUUCUUACAGACAACAUUAAAUUCAAAUUCAAAGAACAGUAACGAGUUGAAAAAUUUGACACUUCAGAUCAUUUGGCCGAAAGGGUCAUUUGACCUAACGUACACUAGGGUAGGACUGAAAAUACACGGAAAAACCCUCUAGCUCGUCGAAAUUUCGAGAUCCACAGUUGGUGUUUUCAGAGAAAAUAUUGCUAUGAGCAAGGCCAAUAUUCUGACGGCAGUCAACUUUUUACAUUAUUUGCAUAAAAGUCCUAUAAGUCAUUUUUGCCCAACUGCAUUUUAGCGAUGUCUUCGGCAAAGUUGUUCGACUAUUUAUGCUGAAAAAGUUUGCCGAAGACGUAAAAUUUCCGAAACCUACUAUUCUUGAGACAUUAGCCGUUGGCUAAAAUAUAAACGACUCAUAGAAAAGUGAUCAUUUACCAUACCAAAAUCAGAAAUUGCCAAUAAAGAAGUAAGGGUGGGAGCAAUAAUAAACUAUAUAAUUUCCAUAAAGUGCAUGCAUAAACAAAUCAAAAAGUGCAUAAAUAAAUCAAAGUAAUAAAGAAGUAAGGGUGGGAGCAAUAAUAAACUAUAUAAUUUCCAUAAACAAAUCAAAAAGUGCAUAAAUAAAUCAAAGUUUCCCAUAAAUAAUUGAUUUUCGAGCAAUAAAAAAUGUCGGAAUUUUCAAAAUUUUGUAAAAAUAUAAAUGUUUCAUGAGGAUAUUAGUAGUUCCGGAAAACAUUAAUAGGCUUUGAAACAUUUACUUUUCAAUUGAAAAUUUAGAAGAGGAAAACCCUUUUUAAUGACUUUCUUUUGAAGUCGAGAUUGAAGUCUUCCUCAAAAAGGCAAGACAUUGGUAUAGAAUCUAUAGAAUACAAAAAAGGGUGAGGUGCCACUAAACAAUGUAAAACAACUAAUAAUAUAUUCUGCCUUCGUUAAUAAGAGUUUGUUCUUUGCGUUUUGGCUCAAGACCCUGCGGCGCACCUGAGAGAUGUUCACGGCGCACCAGGGCGCCGCGGCGCACAGUUUGGGAAGCGCUGCUUUAAAGAAAUUGUGAAACAUAAAAUUGGCUGGCAUACCAAGAAAGUAUAAGCGUUGAUUUUAUCAGUCGUUGAUGGUUCAUUCACACGUUAUGAUGUAUUCACGUGAUGACUUUACGACUGUUUCACAACAUAUCUAGAUUUUUUGGAGAUCUAGACAUACAGUAUAUCAAACAAUUGUCCAUACAGUAAUUUUUUGGUCUCAAUAAUUUUCAGUUAAAUGUUUAUAAACUUUUUUAUACAUCAAUAAAAAACGCUGAAAUUUCGACUAAUUAUAACCCAUACAGUAAAGCUCCAUUGGUAAAAUUUUGAGCGAGAUCGAAUAAGUUUUCGAAAACGGCUUUCCUGGGAAGCUGACUAGACUGAUUAAAGCAACGAUGGACGAUGUGCAAAACUGCGUAAGGGUUUUGGGUGAACUACCCAGUUCAUUUGAAUCUCGCCGGGAACUGCGACAAGGUGUUUAAUGCCUACUCUUCAACAUCGCUCUGAAAGGUGUGAUGCGACGAGCUGGGCUCAACAGCCGGGGAACGAUUUUCACAAAAUCCGGUCAGUUUGUGUGCUUUGCGGACGACAUGGACAUUAUCGUCAGCACAUUUGGAACGGUGGCAGAGCUGUACACCCGCCUGAAACGCGAAGCAGCAAAGGUUGGACUGGUGGUAAAUGCCUCGAAAACAAAAUACAUGCUGGUAGGCGGAACCGAACACGACCGUUACGAUAGACGGGGAUACUUUCGAGGCGGUGUCUACCUCGGAUCCUUACUGAUGGAUGACAACAACGUGAGUCGUAAAUUCGGAGGCGCAUCAUCAGCGGAAGUCGGGCCUACUACGGGCUCCAGAAGAAACUACGUUCGAAAAAGAUUCACCUACGCGCCAAAACAAAUGCACCGUGUACAAAACGCUAAUAAGACCGGAGGUCCUCUACGGGCACGAGACUUGGACCAUGCUCGAGGAGGACCUGCAAGCACUCGGAGUUUUCGAGCGACGCGUGCUAAGGACGAUCUUCGGCUGUGUGCAGGAGAACGGUGUGUGGCGGAGAAAAAUGAACCACGAGCUCGCUGCACUUUACGGCGAACCCAGCAUCCAGAAGGUGGCCAAAGCCGAAAGGAUACGGUGGGCAGGACAUGUUGCAAGAAUGUCGGACAACAACCCUGCAAAGCUGAUGUUUGCAACUGAUCCGGUUGGAUUUUUCCAACCGUGGAGCGCAGAGAGCACGAUGGACGGACCAGGUGGAGCGUGAUCUGGCGAGCAUUGGGCGCGACCGAGAAUGGAGAGCGGCAGCCACAAACCGAGUAUUGUGGCGUACUAUUGUUGAUUAUGUCUUGUCUUAAAAGUAAUAUUGAACAAAUAAAUGUAUGUACAGUCAACUUUCGUUCGUUGCACUAAGCUCGUAGCCCAGUUAGUGAAAGACUUUCACUAGGUGGGCUGAGUUUUGAGCUGUCAAAUAAUCUCUAACAAUAGAGAUUCAGGGCUACCAACCUUGACAAAUCAUGCUUCACGUCAAAAAGUGACGUUUGACUUCGUUUUAACUGGGCUAUAGCCCACCUAACGGGCGCCCAGUUAAAACGUAGCCCACCUAAACGUAGCCCAACGACCGAAAGUUGACUGUAA